AUGUUUGAACAAGAUAUCAUUGGAGAUCGAACAGUGAAGGGCAACAGUGAAAUAGAAGGAGCCAAGCUAUUCGAAGGGAUAUCUAAAUAUAAAAGCAUCGGAGGCCGAUCGGCGAUACAAGUCCUUGUGUCCACAUUAGCAUCUCGACGCAGGAUUUUUCUUUGUCUUCCACAGUCUGCGCGUUUAGAAGGCGAAUCCUCCGGAGAACAAUCUUGUGAGAGUUCAGACGAGGGUGUAGGUCAAGAGAUACCCUUGAUUCAUCAGUCGCAACACCUACCGCAGCAUCAGUCCUUGCAUCAACCCCCCACACCACCACGUCACCAUAUGCCACACCAUAGAAAUUUAAGCCAUCAGAUAAACAAUCAUCAGAUUAAUCACACCCAUCAGAGCAACUCACCUCGACCUAUGGAUAGAGAGUCUAAGGGACGUGAUGACUUCGAAGCUCUCAAGACCUCGUUACACCCUCACCUGUCUUCUUUGGCAUCAUUAGCACAAGGCACGUCGUUGUCGGCUCCCAGUAGCGUGUUCUCUCUCGCUGGUGGUAGUGCUAACUUCGCGUACACUCCACCAGCUUUCCUCGCCCCCGCCCCUCCCCCUCCCGCGCAGCCAGCAGGAUCAGCGUCAUCUUCCUCAUCAGAGGGAAGUGCAGCCGGAUGGAGUUUCGAGGAACAGUAUAAACAGGUUCGUCAGCUGUACGAGAUCAGUAAUGAUCCUGGGAGGAAAGAGUUCCUUGAUGAGCUUUUCGCGUUCAUGCAAAAAAGGGGUUCACCUAUUAAUAGACUUCCUAUUAUGGCAAAGUCUGUGUUAGACUUGUAUGAGCUGUACAAUCUUGUGAUACAGCGCGGUGGGCUCGUUGAGGUCAUUAACAAAAAGUUGUGGCAGGAAAUUAUAAAGGGACUGAGGCUACCUUCUUCGAUAACUUCUGCUGCAUUCACCCUUCGAACUCAGUACAUGAAAUAUUUGUAUGAUUUUGAAUGCGAGAAGAAGAAUCUUUCCACUCGGUCUGAACUAGAUGCUGCGAUAGAAGGGAACAAGCGCGAGGGACGACGUGGAUCUGGAACUUAUGAAGCACAUCACUCAGCGAUGUCUAUUUCACAGAUAAACAGAGUUGCGCCGGCGCCAGCAAGUCUCGCCCAGCUGUCACCGAUGCAAACGCUUGCCAUGUCCUUCUCUGGGAUACCUCCGCGUUUGCCUCAGAUGCCGCCCUUCCCGGCGAAUUUACUUGAAGCAGUAAGAAUGUUUCAGCAGCAAGAGAUAUUGAGAAAUGCUGCAGAAUCGCCCACAUCGCCUUCAAACAUCGCCGCCCUGGCCAAUUUCGAAGCUAGCCAGGCGUUUUUUAAUUUGACUCCACACUUCAGCAGAGCUAGCCUAGAUCAGGAACCACAGCGCGAGGCGCUGAACCUCAGUGAGAGCCCAGGAUCGAGCGGGUCUGGCGCUCACAGGCGUGAGGCGAGCCGGCCCUCCUCACCCGGUUUACCAACGAAGCGCCCUCGCUCGAACGGCCACGAGAUCAACCAUGGAGCCGGACCUUCAUCCAUCCCCCGUCAUGUACAACUCCCAAACUCCCAACUCGCCAACGCAUCAACAUCUGUAAAAAAGGAACCCGAAAUCUCCCCACCUCGUCCCUUCCACUUCGUUAAUGGAAGCCUAAACGGAACGAGCGCUUUCAUAAUUAAGGUUAUCGAUGAUGGAUCCUCCGAGGGCCAAUUAUUAGUGUCGGUGGAUGUCAAUGGUUUAAAAUACACCGGUACUCUCAAACCAGAUCCAACACAACAAAAUGGUCACUGA